AUGCUGGUGCUGUACGUGUUUGGGCGGCACCCGUCGCACAACUUCACGUACUCUUUGGCGCUGCAGCAGGAGGCGGCGGAGUGGAACGAUGUGAUUGCGCUGCCGAUGAAUGAGGGGCGCCCAUCGACCAACAAGACGGUUGGUGGUGGCCUCAAGUGGGGCAAUGAGGCUGAGAUCGGGCUGAGCCGCAAGGUGUUCCUGUGGUUCGACAUGGCGCUGCGNGCGAAGGCCGAUGAUGACUCAUUCCUGCGCGUACCGCAGUACCUCGCCGACCUGCGCACGCUGCCUCGCCGUGGGCUGUAUUGGGGAUUGCCUGUCGACGCAACUGCACGAAAGAAUAAUGUGACUAUCCCCUUCUAUUACUUUUCCGGGAUGCUCUACACUCUUGCGAGGGACGUGGUCCAGCAGCUUGUGUCGUUCGAGCCUGUGCGACGGCUGGUGGAUGUGCCCUACAACAAUGAGACAGAGAUUGAGUUCUUCAAAUUUAGUAUGACUGCUGAGGACGUGAUGGUGGGGCAUUUACUACGGUUGGAGGUACGAUACCCGUCUAUGGUGUUUGUGGAGGAUGGUUGGUGUCGCUACCACGUUGGGCUUGGGUGGAAAGGUGAGCUUGUAGCUACACCAAAAUCCCUCGCCCUUCACAUCCCACCGGAAGAUAGUUACGCAAAGCUAUUGGAUUUUUUUGGGAGCAAUGUAUCUAAUACGUCGUACUGGAGGUGGUAUAAUAAUGGUCUAAUUAAGUUGGUUUGUUAA